AUGAUYAUCCAUCUGGCUGUAGCGGCACUUACGCUAAGAAUGGCGAUCGCCAAUUUGCAGGAGAGCAGCACGACGAGGACCUCUACAACUAUACCUAUGGCACCCGUCGUAGCCACAUCGAAAUCAGAGUUGAAUGUUGCGCCUACGAUUAGCGAUGGCCCUUCCACAUAUUAUGCCUCUGCAAGGACUACAGGCAGCCUACAAGACUAUAAGAACACCGGUUCAAUAACUGCACCAGUUCCAGGACUACCAAUCACGAGUGGAGCAAGCGAUUAUGCAGCCAACAGCUCAUCUUCGUUGCCGGGAAUAGUCUACACAGAGAAGACACAAGGGUCCCUCAAUGCUUCCACGUCUCACCUACCUCCCACAUUUCUACCCUCACCGAUAGCUUUGUCCAAGUACUCAACAAUCGCAAAGCCUACAUUGCCCUCGACGUUCCACCUAACACCCACAGCUCUGUCUUCACCGAUAGCUUUGUCAAGCUACCCAGCAGUCGCGUCUCCUACGCUCCCCUCAAUUUCAGAAUCGCCAAUCGCGUUGUCGGAACAAUUGUCAGUUGCUGCGCCUACAUUACCCACAGCUGGACCUCAAAUCACGGAGACCUACGUACCUGCCAUUGUGCAUACAGAGAUGCCGGCCGAGUCUCUGGAACUUCCGCCUAGCCAGACGCAUAUAAAUCCUGGCCACGAGACGACCCUUCCAGAUGGAUUCAUGCCCGGCGCGAACGAUGGCACUGGGAAUCCCCCCAGWCAGACAAAUGUAUCGCYGGGCCAUGAGACAAACCAACCCAGUAGACCGGGAGCGGACACUGGGGAUAUGGAACCGGAAAUUGUUACUGUACCGACCACGAUUGUCACCGUUGCGCCUGGCAUGAUGAUCACGAUGGGCGGCUAUCAAUCAACUGUCACGCGUGCAGAGAGCCGCCAGUCAGUGGUGACCGCGAUUCCAAGUCAAGUCAUGACGAUGAGCGGAGGGGAGGUUGUCACAGUGCCUGCAGCUGUAUACACACUACCAGUCAUUCCAGUGUCAGCGACAAGCAGUAGUAUGACGACGACAAUCUCUGGCGAUAGUGGUAGCGAGCCGAGCGAUACCGCGCCGCAUGGAGGUGGUGAUGGAUCGAUUGAUGUGGAGGACGAACAAAGUGCUGCAGUGGAGGUUAAUGUUGGGUCGUGGAUGCUAUCGCUCUUGGGAAUCGCUGUCGGAGCCAUUGCUCUGAUGUGA